GCGAAAAGUUUGGCUGUCCUUUUCUCCUUGUCGCGUACUGCGUUUGCUUGGUGCCGUUGCGUUGCUGCUUCUAUUCUUCCCCGUCAUUCUUUAUUCAUAAUUUUUGUUUUCUACAAUCCUUCCUUUUAAUCUAAGCAUUGCCCGCCCUCGCCAACCAGCUAGCCUGCUUUCGCGCGUAUGCUGCAGACACGCUCUACAUGACCGUCGCACCCAAGCUUCGAAAUGCCUUUGGCAUACUGCUGCCGCUGGCGGUAGCAUGCACCAUCUACCUAUACCUCUACCCGGUCUUCUCACAAUGCGCAUUCCCGCUCCCGUCUCGAAAUGCUGCCGACGCUUUCCACCACACGACCAAACUCCAUUGGCCAUAUGCGCAAACCGAUGACCUUGCUACUAUCCCGACCGAACGCGCUCCAUUCCGACUCUUGACGUUUGGAGAUCCCCAGCUUGAAGGCGACACGUCGAUUCCUGUGGCAUACCUCGGUCUCUUCCCACACAUUGGUAACAUAUUCAAGCACCUGACGUUCCAAACGCGACACAACUCGUUGUGGGAGCGCCUGCGAUGGAUUAUCCACGACUCGAUCGAUAUUUACAUGAUCGAUAUUCCCGACAUCUUGGAAUCGUUCCGUAAAGUCUUUGAUCUGUGGGGCAAUGACUUCUACUUGGCGCACAUCUACCGUGCACUGCACUGGUGGACUAAGCCGACACAUGUAACUGUGCUGGGCGAUUUGCUGGGCAGCCAGUGGAUCGAUGACGCCGAAUUUGAACGUCGCGGACACCGAUUCUGGAACCGUACUUUCAAGGGUGGCAUCCGCGUAGAUGACAGCGUCGCUAUGUACCCCCUCGCCGAGUAUAACCUUUCUGGGAUAUUGAACGGGGCCGAGGAAGAGGCCAUCUGGACAAAACGCAUCAUCAAUGUCGCUGGUAACCACGACAUUGGUUAUGCCGGCGACCUCACCGUUGAACGCAUGGAACGGUUUGAACGCAUCUUUGGCAAGGCCAAUUAUGAGCUGCGUUUUGAGCUGCCGGUCGAGGAUGAAAUGUCCAAGUCUACGAUAUACCACAACGAGACGAAUCCAUACUCGCGUCGAUUACAACCCGAACUGCGCAUUCUAGUGCUCAAUGACAUGAAUCUAGACACUCCAGCAAAGAGCAUCCCUCUUCAGGACCAAACGUACGACUUCAUUAACAAGGCCAUCGGUACCGGCGAGGAUGUCAACGACUUGGGUCGAUUUACACUGUUGCUGACACACAUUCCUCUCUACAAGCCAGAAGGUGUCUGUGUGGAUGCGCCGUUCUUUGAUUUCCACGGUGCCCACGAUGGUGGCGGUGUAAAGGAGCAGUAUCUGCUAAGCUACGAUGCGAGCAAGGGCCUUCUCGAAGGUAUUUUCGGAAUGAGCGGCGAUGUGAACGCAGCAGGAAACGGCAAGGGCCGUAGGGGCAUGAUCCUAAACGGCCACGACCACGAAGGCUGCGAUACGUACCACUUUAUCAACCAAACCAACGGCACUGAAGCAUCGGAACGGCGCUGGGAGGUCAACACCUGGCCAACAGCACUGGAAGCCGAUGUUAUGAACAAACCAAACCAUCCUGGUCUCCGCGAAAUCACGGUUCGCAGCAUGAUGGGCGACUUUGGAGGUAACGCAGGCUUGCUCAGCAUGUGGUUCAACUUUACGACGUGGGCAUGGGAGCACGAGUAUGUGAGCUGCCCCCUUGGGCGCCAGCAUCUGUGGUGGCUAACGCACAUUCUCGACCUCGGUGUCAUCUUGUUGGCCAUUCUCUGGCCUACUGCCGCCAUUGUAGAGAGCAAGGGAGUGGAUUUGGAUGCCAAAAUUGGCGAAGUUGCAGCCUAUGGCCGACGAGCACUUGAGCUGCUGCACAGACAGAUGCUCAAGGCGCAGCGCGUGUGGAAUGCGGCUGUGGCCGAGCUGAUGAAGCCCGACGAGGUACAUGGCGACACGAAGCAUGAGGUCAAGGGGAGCAAAAGCCCCAAGAAGGCUGGACAAAAGGCCCACAAGAAAGCAUAGAGAAAGGGCCUUUGGACAUUACACGCUGUAUGAACAUAGACAUAAGAACGUUUGGGUCGGGAGGGGGAAAACUAAAAAGCUUUGAACAUGUAUAUACCCGCAUAGAAACCUGCAUAAUAGCAUUCCGUUUGCCUGUUACAUGCACGAUUGCGCUGCUCGGCUAUGCGACCCUUCUUGUCAAGAUUUGGACGACACGAGGGCUCGAUGCAGCGGCCUAACCACCAUCUGGUACGAGUUUGGCUGGUCCUU